AUGUCUCCUUCGACUUCAACUGGACGCCGUGGCAUUAACUCUCUCCCUGCCGAAGUCUUGCUUGAUAUCUUUGAGCAGUAUCUGAAGCCAGGACCUGUGCUGGAUCUUCAGGGUGCAGAACGCACGUUGCCAGCCCUGACCCCGAAGGACAUCGAAUACAUUCCAGGCCGUGGCGAAAACUCCCCCUUCGUUAUCGACCAAGUGUGCGGGACAUGGCGCCAACUCGCCCGAGGUUACUCUGGUCUUUACACCGACAUUCACGUCGUCAAUCCCACACCGCAGGACGUUGCUCGGGUGCGCACUAUGCUGGAGUUAUCAAAGGACAGACCACUGCGCGUCUUUCUGGAAGUCAACGAAUUUCCGCGGAUCCAAUUGUUCACUCACCGAGGAGGACUCCAAGCUGAGGCGAUGAUGGCGAACGCAUCGGCGGACGGAGAUUGUCUGUUCCCGUGGCACCAGAUCGUGAAGCUGGUAUUUGCGAAUGCCCAUCGAGUGGAGAAGCUUUAUCUGCAGGUUCCCGUAGGGCCUAAAUGGAAAGGCUGGGACUAUACCUUUCCUCUUGGGAGGGACACCGAUUGGGAUGCUCUCGCCUUCCCUCUGCUGACCACCCUCCACCUCCAAGACAAGGUGUCCGCCUUUCAUGCAUCGGAAGACACAUUCUUCAAACCACUCGUCACCCGCGCAUGUGCAACAUCACCAAGGCUCGCCGAUAUGCGCCUCGACAAAAUGUUCGCCCUCGUCAACAUCAUAGGCCAAGAUUCGCUGAAUGGGUUGGGACCCUGCGCUUCGAUGAUCCCCUGGAAGAAUCUCACUUCGCUCACGAUAUCCAUUCAGUCUGUGAAGGAAAUGUUGCCGAUAUUGCGACUAUGCCCGUCACUCCAGGAGUUGUACCUCGAACCGGAUAUGUGCUGGAGUUCAUCCACAGAGGAGGCGGUUGGGGAACCGGUUUUGCUCCCCAACCUCUGGUGCCUAGUUCUUUCCGUGAACGGCGAGUCCAACGACAAUACUUUCCUUCCUCUUUCGUAUCUCAGGGUACCGGCCCUCAAGUCUCUCUCCCUCCACACCCCUGGAAAGCGGGUCCUCUCAGGUCUCGAUGAUACUAGUAACCCCCCGAGGAAGAGCGUUCAUCUGUUAGGUGCUCUGACGGCCUUCCACAGGCUCAAUCCCGACUGCCGAAUCCAGACCUUCUCAAGUUUCCAGAACUGGGACCCGAGGGAUCAGGAGGGAUACCGCCAAAUCCUCUCACUCCCCAUCUUUGGAGACCUUAUAUCAUUCAAGAAUCAAGACUCGUGA